AUGGAGAAAAUAGAAGAGGGAAAGGAAGAGGAAAAUCAAGAGAAAAUAUUUGAUUACGACUCAUUACAAGAAGAGAUCACCUAUAUCCUAGAUACACUCCCCAGAAGUGAAGCUUUUGAUGAUAAUUCAAUGAGAAUCUCUAUUUUUCACACAAUGCUUAAGAACUGUGAGUUAGUGAUAAAGUUUACCAAAGAAUACCCAAACACUCCUUUGAGCUGUCAGGUCAAGACGAGGUCUUUACCUCUCAGAUUGGUAGAGAUAAUUAAGAAAGGAGCUGACAAGAAGCUUCAGGAGUUAGCAGAAGAAGGAAAAUAUCAAGUUCUUCGGAUCUAUGAUUACUAUAACGAGCUUCUAGAACACAAUAACUUGAUUCCAGCCUGGAAAGAGGUUCAGAAGGCUAAGAAAUUACUUGACCCAGAGAAGGAUUCUAUGAAGUUAUUCCAGAAAGCAGGCAAAGUGAAGUAUAUCAUUCAGGAGGAGGACUUAAGACUAGCGCUUCUUGUAGGUAUUCCUCCGGAUUACCCCCUCGUUCCACUAGAAGUAACUAUCCUGAAAAAUAACAAGGAGGGCACUGGUACAAACAUUAAUCCUCGUUUACUUGAAAUCUUUAGCUCUCAUAUACAAGACUUGGUCAGGAGGUAUCACUUGGGAUAUGACGGACUAGAAUCCGACCUCAACGAAGGAAAGAUCGGAGCAGAAGCUACCAAGAAGGUAGAAGCUCCUCUGAUGACUUACGAAGAGAUGCAGUAUGAUAUAGAUUUCUUGAGAAAGCAGAAAGACAUGAAGGAAGAAAUCGGAGAUUACAAGAAAAGAAAGAAAUAUAGAAGAAUGAUAAGAAAAGAAGCAGAAAAAGAACUUGAGAAGCUUGAACUUGAAGAAAAGAGAAUACAGGAGUUGCAAGCAAAUAAUAAGCAAGCUCGCCCAUGAUUGGUAGAACUUGUACAGUUUGUUAUUGAUAAGCUUGUAAGAUACUUUCCAAAUGCUAUUUGUGAGAUUUGAGGAGAGGAACUACUAUCUAAGAAAAAGAAAAAAUCUCUUACUCCAGAAAUAGCAUAUUGUCUACACUGGUUCCACUCCGGAUGCAUUGAAGAAGUAUGAAACAAUCCACCAUUCGACCCCGAUUGACCUGUAGAAGGUUGCGGCAACAAGCUUGGGAAUAAAGAUAAUAAAACUGAUAAAGCAUCUGUAAAAACACGAGAAAAGAUUUACUCUCAAUCAGAAGCAAGAAAAGCAGACGCUGAUGAGAUUGAUAAUCUGUUUGAUUUUUAAUGGCUAAUUCAA